CAGUCUCUCACGGCCUCAUCACCACCAUAGUAGUGAGCUAGCUUAGCUUGUUCACCACGAGAGAGAGAGAGAGAGAGAGAGAGAUGGUCUCCCGGGAGCAGAAGAGAGCGAGUUUGCAUGAGAAGCUGCAGAUUCUCCGAACUCUUACCCAUUCUCAUGCGGUAAAUAAAAUGUCUAUAAUCUCUGAUGCAUCAACAUACAUCAAAGAUCUGAAGCAGAAGAUUGCCGCACUGAACAAAGAAUUAGGGUGUGCAAAGAACAUGAAUAUUUGCGAAGAACCCUCACCUGUGGUGAGAGUUCAAGUUCUAGACAAGGGUUUCCUCAUCAAUGUGUUCAUGGACAAAAGCAGCCCUGGGCUACUAUCCUCCAUUCUGCAAGCCUUCGAUGAGUUAGGACUCACUGUGAUUGAGGCUAGGGCUUCAUGCUCCAAUUCAUUUCGACUCGAAGCAGUAGGAGGAGAGCACGAGGAAGCCGAUGGAGGGAUCGAUGCAAAUGCAGUGGAGCUAGCGGUGAUGCAAGCCAUCAAGAGCACUCCAGGAAAAUAGAGAACAUUCAUGUAUAUAUAUGUGUGUGUAUAUGCAUGCUUGAUCGAGCUGGAGCAAGGAAGAGCCAAAAAUGACCAUCUAAAUCUCUAAUUAAGAUUACUGCUCUAAUGCUAUUAUUCUACUUUACAUUGAGCGCGCUCUCUCUCUCUCAGAAGGGGACACCCUCUUAAUCAUCAAGAGAUUUAAAUUAUAUACUCCCUCCAUCCAUUAAUAUUUGACGUUGGUUAUUUCACGUCAAACAAAAAAAAAGAACCGGAGGUAAUAUCUCGCAAGAGUUGAGUUUUGUAUGUGUGCACUAAGCACCAGCUGGGUGACAUCUAAUGAAAAUGUCUAGAUAUAUAAAUAUAUCAGAGGUAUUUUUAUGGUCUA